AUGGCUAUCGAUACCGAAAUGCAGACUUCACCAUCAGAUUCAACAAUUACUCGCAUUGUUAAUAAUAUUAAAAAAAGCGAAAGUGACUCAUGGAAUUAUCGUGGAUUGGAACUUUCGAACGAGAUGCUUGUUGUACUCAUCAGUCAUCCAAAUAUUGAUAAAGCUGCUGCUGCUCUUGACGUUACAAUUGGUAGUUUAGCUGAUCCAAAAAAUGUUCCUGGUAUUGCUCAUUUUCUUGAACAUAUGCUGUUCAUGGGUAGUUCCAAAUAUCAAGGUGAAAAUGAAUAUUCAAAAUUGGUCGAAGGUAAUGGUGGCUAUUCAAACGCUUUUACAUGUGGUGAUCAUACAAAUUAUUAUUUUGAUAUUAAUCCAAGUUUAUUACCAGAAGCGCUUGAUGUUUUUGCUCAGUUUUUUAUUGCUCCACUAUUUGCAGCAUCAUCUACUGAUCGUGAAUUAGAAGCAGUGAAUUCUGAAUUUGAAGGAAAUCUAUCUAAAGAUGCUUGGCGUCUAUCUCAAUUGGAAAAGUCUACAUCGGAUCCAGAUCAUCCAUAUUCAGGUUUUUCUAUUGGAAAUACUGAAACAUUAAGAGUAACACCUAAACAAUGUGGCAUUGAUAUCCGAGAAGUACUAUUAGAUUUUCAUAAAGCUGAAUAUUCAUCAAAUAGAAUGAGUUUAGCUGUACUUGGCAACCAAUCACUUGAUGAACUUCAAUCGCUUGUGGUUAAAAUUUUUAAAGAUGUACCAAAUAAAAAAUUGAAAAAACCCCAAUAUGACUGUGAUCCAUAUGGUGAAAUAAAUAGAAAAACGAUUUGUUAUAUUGUUCCUGUUAAAGAAUAUCGUCAUUUGGCAAUACAUUGGGUUAUUCCAGAUCAUAAAGAUAUAUAUUAUUGUAAUCCUGAAUCAUAUUUAUCGCAUCUGAUCGGGCAUGAAGGCGAUGGUUCCAUAUUGUCAUAUUUAAAGAAAUUGGGUCUUGCUAUUGAAUUGGUAUCUGGUGAGAGAAAUUCCGCGCCAGGUUUCAACUUUUUUACUGUCGACGUGGAACUAACUAUCGAAGGAUUAAAUCGAUGGGAACAAGUUAUAUAUAUUAUUUAUCAAUAUAUAGCUAUGCUACGCAAAGACGAGCCCAAAGAAUGGAUUUUCGAUGAAUGCAAAAAUUUUAAUUCUAUGAAUUUUCAAUUUCGUGAGAAAGAGCGACCUGAUGACUUUGUCUCGAAUUUAACUGGUCGAAUGAGGGAUUAUCCUCUCGUCGAAUGUCUGUCGGGUGAAUAUGAAAUGCGUGAAUUUCGUCCAGACUUGAUAAAAGAAUUACUUAAUGAAUAUUUAAUACCAAGUAGAAUGAGAGUAUUUCUUGCAAGUAAAGAAUUUACAUCAAUAGCAACAGAAAAAGAAAAAUGGUUUGGUACGCAAUAUAAAAAAGAAUAUUUACCUGAAGAACUAAUUGAAAAAUGUGAAAAAUGUGAACUGAUUCCUGAACUGCAUUUACAUAGUCCCAAUGAAUUCAUUCCAACUGAUUUUCAUUUACUUUCAAGCGAAAAGACUCUAUUACGACCAGAACUACCGACAAAAAUCAAAGUAACAUAUGAAAUUCAAGUUUGA